AUGUCUGGGGGGUGUGCCGUAUGCCUCGCUGAUCGCCACCAUCUGUGCUUCUCGGGCGUGGCCCUGUUCUGCGGGUGUGGCCACGUGGCAUUGACGGGCACAAUCACCAUUCUAGAGAACCACUUCUCCAAUGUAACCAGCGACCAUGCCAUGCUAACUGAAGUGAUCCAGUGGAUGCAGUAUGCUAUCAUCGGCAUCGCUCCCUUCUUCUUCCUCUACGGCAUCAUCCUAUUGGCUGAAGGUUUCUACACAACCAGCGCCAUCAAAGAACUGCACAGUGAAUUUAAGACCACCAUCUGUGGACGCUGCAUCAGCGGCCUGUUUGUGUUCCUGACCUACAUCCUGGGCGUGGCCUGGCUGGGUGUUUUUGGGUUCUCCGCUGUGCCCGUUUUUCUCUUUUACCAAAUCUGGUCGACCUGUGCCGCCAUAAAGACCAACAUGACCUCUGUGGAUUUCAUCAGCUCCAUCUGCGUGGACGUCCGUCAGUAUGGAAUCGUGUCGUGGACAGCCACUCCGGGCAGGGUUUGCGGGUUCAAACUGGGUGACGUGUGUGAUAGCAGUGAGUUCUAUCUGUCCUAUCACCUGUACAUUGUGGCUUGUGCUGGGGCAGGAGCCACAGUUAUUGCUCUGAUCCACUUCCUAAUGAUUCUCUCUGCUAACUGGGCCUACCUAAAGGACGCCAGUCACAUGCAUGCCUACCACGACAUCAAAAUGAAGGAGGAGCAGGAGCUUCAGGACAUCCAAUCACGUUCCAAAGAAUGCCUCAAUUCCUACUCGUAA